AUGAGAUUUUCUACUGAGAAUGAAAGCUUGCUUAAGAGCUUCUUCACUUCAAAGGAUAAAGAGAAGGUAGUAGCCAUUGCCAAUAAAAGACUAGAAGCGAAAACAAACAAGCUUCUUGAAGCAAUGGGAUCGGAAUACUCCACUCUGGUGGAUGCCUGUGAUAUUUUGGAUAUUUUGUGGGAUAAAGUAAAUGAUCUUAAAAUAAUAAACACUGAAGUGUCAAGGCUGGCAAGUAGUCUUUUGAUUAGUGUUAAUGAGAACAAACGACAGGAAAAAGAGCUAGCACAGUGCCAUGAUAGAAUUUCUGUUGUUCAAGGAGAGCUUUUAAAUCUAGAAAAGGUUUCUAGAACAGAAAGAUGA